AUGCUCCAUCUCUCCCGUAAGCGAAGCGGGCUCCAGCGAUCCAAAAUGGACACGCUUUUCUUCCUCCUACUUGCUGUCGGAGUUAAUUGUGCUGCGGCCAGCCUUGACCCAGCAUUGUGUCCUUUUGAGCUGGGGUAUAACCCAAUUUUCAACGCCGAUGGGAGUGUCCUGUCCUGCCAGAAGGGUGACGAGACGUUUACCGUUGACUCCCCGACCGUUGCUCGCUCCCUGCGCGACAUCGGGAAUAAUCUGCUCACCAUCCAGAUCGCUGCGGCUGCUUUCAGUGUCGAUGCGCAAACGAUCAACCAAUUUCUGGACCCUAACGUCCUUUUUUUUCUAGAAGACGGAAAGCCCCGCGGCCGCUUCAAUCCCGGCCUUGAUGCAUUCUUCAGUGACCCCGCCAUCUUUUCUUACGUCCCUGGAAUGGACCCUUCCACCCUCUUUAAAGUAAGCAAUUACCAAUUGCUCGGCGGAGCCCUCCCUGCAGCCACUCUUCAUGUGCAGCUGACCACCAAGACUUCCUUUGUCGACUUCGACAGCAUCUGGUAUCUGAAUGAUGUUGCGGGAGGAACGAAGCUAUGCAGCUAUUUCGCGGUUUUAAUCUCAAGGUCACCGCGCGUAGCUAGAAUCAUUUCGAAUCGAGGCUAUAUCUAG